UUUUCCGGCCAAGGAGAUCCUCGUGUAGUAGAUGAAUGGGUUCAGGGCCUCGAGAUUAUUUUUGAGGUCAUGAACUGCCCUGAUCGUUAUCGCAUGUUAUGUGCCCAGAUCCAGCUAACCGGUGAUGCCAGACUCUGGUGGCAAGCCUAUUGGAGUAUGCGUCCCGGUGAAAAAGACGGUUGUACGUGGGACCAGUUCAAGGAGCUCAUCCGAGAAAAGUAUUAUCCCUCGUAUUAUCGAGCAGACAUGGAGCGCCAGUUCUUGGCACUCACUCAGGGUACUCGUACUGUUGACGAGUACGAAAGAGAGUUCACCCGUCUCGGAGCCUUUGUACCUGAUCUUGUGAGUACGGAGGCGAAGAGAGCCCACC